AAAAGGUUGCAAAGUUCAAGGGGGCCGAAUACUUUCGCAAGGCACUGUAUGUACCAUUUGACUCUGAUAUGACUGGGUCUUAGAAGGCAGGGGAACUCAUUACAGCUCUGUAAGGGGAGAAGGAGAGAAGGCUAUACUGGUCACCCCUGACACUGAGUGGUUUGAUGCUGUGUGUGAUUGCAGCCCGUAGUAGGCCUGGAGUCCAGCAGGGAAGAACUGAUGAUGAGAGCGCAGCCAGGACUGAGAACUACAAGGGGCUCAGUGGUACAAUCAGAUCUAAUGGAGAAGUUCUUAAAAUCACUGCGUGGCUCAGAUGGGAUGACUUGUAAUGCCACCUUGAAGACAGAUAUUUACAAGGAUAGAGACAGGCAAGGCUUAACCAAAUCACAAUAUCAACAUGAUGAUUCUACACUUGCAUUAUGAAUAAACAUCAAUAAUUACUUUCAACACCUUAUUUACAGCCUUGCUUGAACUCUGUUAUGUAGUCAGUGGGAGAACUUGGAGGAUGGAGGGAUGUUUUUUUGUGAGGGAAUGAAUAUGUCAGUUUGGUUUAAGGCAGGCUUUAUGAAGCUGGCUCUUGGAGGCUCACGAAUGUCUGUUGUCUUGGUAACAGGUUGUUUGAGACCCAUCCAGAAUGCAAAGAUGUAUUCUUCCGAGACGUGGAGGACCUUGACAGGUUACGGACCAGCCGGGAGCUGAGGUCACACGGCCUACGAGUGAUGUCCUUUAUUGAGAAGAGUGUGGCCAGACUGGAACAGCUGGAGAGACUGGAGGUUCUGGCUGUGGAGCUGGGGAGGAGCCACUACCGCUACAACGCCCCACCCAAAUACUACAGCUAUGUAGGAGCAGAAUUCAUCUGUGCUGUCCAGCUCAUUCUCAAAGAGAGAUGGACCCCUGAGCUUGAGGAGGCAUGGAAGACCCUUUUCCUGUACCUAACCAGGCUUAUGAACCAAGGCUACCAGGAGAGGAACAGACAUUACCAGGUGGGAGCCUCCCCCAAUGAGAGGAACACUGCCUUAUAAGAGACCUGGCUGGCCCCAACUCAAGAGAUGGUUGAACAUGCACACAGACAUGUUGCUGAACUGUGUAUAUAGUGUAUUUAUUACUUAGUGACCAUUUU